CCCCCUUUUUUGCUUUAGGCUUUGAAGCUCAGAAGCGCAGCUCGCACAUGUUGCUGCUUACGUUUCUUUUUCUUUUUUGUUGCGCGCAGAAAUAUUUCAAUCAACCUUUCUCCAAUUACAAUUGCUCAGAUGUCAUUGUCGUCGUCGUCUUCGUCUCAGGUGCAAGGCCUCUUAAGACUGGAUACACGGGCGUCCAAGCGGUCCAACACACUCCUCGAACAAAGCGUAGCGCGGCCUCGGCGGGACAAAGUGAGCCUGAGCGCAUUUGCCUUUAUAUUUGGCGAAAUUAUCCGAUACUCGCAGAACCGAGUGCUCGGAAUUCAGGACCUGGAAUCCAAGCUGAACGACCUGGGCAAGCGGGUUGGCGUGCGAGUAUUCGAACUAACAAUGUGGCGCGAAAAGACGGUUCACCGGGAGAGCCGAGUGCUCCAAACCUUGGUGUUUAUCAACACGGUGGUCUGGCGGGCGCUGUUUGACAAGCAGGCGGACUCGCUGGAGCGCAGCACGGAGAGCGAGGACGAGUAUAUGAUUACAGACAAUGAACCGGCGAUCCUAAAGUACAUCUCGGUGCCCAAAGAGAUGUCGUCGUUUUCGCCUGGUGCGUUUAUCUCGGGCAUCGUCGAGGCCAUUGCCGAAUGCUGCCUGUGUCCGGCCAGGGUCACUUCGCAUGUAGUGCCAGCCGAUGGCUUGCCGCUGCGCACUGUUAUUUUGCUAAAGUUUGACAAGGAGGUCAUGGAGCGCGAGAAGCGUUUGGAGGCUGGCAAAUAAAAAACAUUAUUUUCUUUGGUGUAGCCGAUUAUUCAUUUAUUUGUCUCAAUCUUUUUCUCCGCACUUUUUCUUCCUCCACUUGUA